CCAUUUUUCACCCGUAAACAUUGACGAUCUCCCUACUCCAUACUCCCUACUUCUUAGUCAUGUCUGGCGACGGCGAUUAUCAAACUGGUAACUGACGGCGAACACUAUGUUAACAAAUCUAUGGUCAUUUAACAUUUAGCAGCUGAGUGCAAUUGACCUACUCACAAAAUAGUUUUGUCAAUUUUCAUUUUUGCAUUACUAGAUAGCUUUCACUCUACUUCUAAGAAAACUUCAAAAUGUCACAGAGGACAAAAGUUUACAUUAUUGGCGUCGGUAUGACAAAAUUCGAGAAACCGGGUAAACGGGAAGAUUUCGAUUAUCCGGUCAUGGUGAAGGAAGCAGUUACAAAAGCUUUGCAAGAUGCAAAUGUUUCUUAUGAUAAUGUGAAAGCAGCAUGUGUUGGAUAUGUUUAUGGUGAUUCUACUUGUGGUCAACGAGCGUUGUAUCAAAUAGGUUUUACCGGUUGUCCUAUAUAUAAUGUAAAUAAUAAUUGCGCCACUGGCUCAACUGCUUUAAUAAUGGCUAAACAGAUUAUUGACACUGGCUCUAGUGAUUGUGUGUUGGCUCUUGGUUUUGAAAAAAUGGAAAAAGGUUCUUUAAUGUCUAAAUUUGUGGAUCGUACCAAUCCGAUGGACAAACAUGUGGAACUCAUGGCUGAUAUUGCUGGUAUAAACGAAAGCCCAAUCACUGCUCAAAUGUUUGGAAAUGCUGGACUUGAACAUAUGAAGAAAUAUGGUACCAAAGUUGAGCACUUUGCGAAAAUUGCGUAUAAAAAUCAUUUACACUCUUUAAACAAUCCAUACUCACAGUUCCAAGAAAAAUACACAUUGGAGCAGAUAAUGAAAUCUCCAAAAGUAUUUGGACCUCUUACCAAGCUUCAGUGUUGUCCAACAUCUGAUGGUGCAGCAGCUGUAGUUCUGGCUAAUGAAGACUUUGUUCGUAAACAUAGACUUGAAUCUCAGGCAGUAGAAAUUGUAGCAAUGGAAAUGGUCACAGAUCUAGCUUCGACAUUCACAGAGAAGAGUUCUAUUAAACUUAUUGGUUAUGAUAUGACAAAAAAUGCUGCUGAAAAGGUGUUCACUCAGUCUCCUUACAAGCCAUCAGAUGUGGAUGUUAUAGAAUUACAUGAUUGCUUUUCUACUAAUGAACUUAUUACAUAUGAGGCAUUGGGUCUUUGUCCUCCAGGUCAUGGUGCAAAGUUAGUUGAUGCUGGAGACAAUACAUAUGGAGGAAAAUAUGUAAUAAAUCCUAGUGGUGGUUUGAUCUCAAAGGGACAUCCUUUGGGAGCAACAGGAUUGGCACAAUGCGCUGAACUUUGUUGGCAACUUCGAGGAAAAGCUGGCAAACGACAAGUGCCAAACGCAAAACUUGCUCUGCAACAUAACAUAGGUUUAGGUGGAGCAGUUGUGGUUGCUCUGUAUCGUAUGGGCUUCCGUCAAUCUCAUAUAACUAAGAGAAAUUUAAGUGCAUCUGAUCCGGACCAGUUCAAGGCAAGUGUGUUGUUUAAAUUAUUAGACAUCGCAAUGCAAGAGGAUGAAGAAAAUCUGGUCGAAAAAGUUCGCGGAGUGUUUGGAUUUAAAGUAACCAACGGACCAGGAGGUGCGGAAGGCUUUUGGGUUGUGGAUACUAAAGUAGGAAAAGGAAAAGUAGAAUAUAAUGGAAAAACUAAACCCGAUGUUAUAAUUACGAUUAGCGAUGUGGAUAUUGUCGAUUUUAUUUCCGGAAAAUUGCAUCCGCAAAAAGCAUUUUUCCAAGGUAAAAUUAAAGUCCAAGGUAACAUGGGAAUGGCAAUGAAACUAAUCGAGUUACAAAAGCGUGCAGGCAAAAAGAUUGAACUUCUUCGAUCUAAACUAUAAAGGGCAUCAAUAUCGAAGAUGAUGUAAAUCUAAUUCCAGAAAUCAGAGGAUUGCGUAUGCUAUUUUACUAUUAUUUUUUUAUUUCUCUAUUUUUAUUAUUUUUUUCUAAAUAUUUAUAAUCUGGAUACUUAAUCAAAGUAUACACACUCUCAUUCCACUAUCUAAAGUUAUAUAAUUUAAUAUACACUGUUCUCAAUUGUGUGUAUGCACACAUGAAAUUGAAUUAUUUAAAAUAUAAUAUUGUUAUUAUAUAAUAAAAAAGAAGAAAGUUUUUUAGGAAGUUUUUAUAUGAGAUAUAUUGAUAGUUACUAUUUUAUCUUAAAAUUCUAUUUUUAUAAAUGUUAUUGCACUUUGAGAGAAUUAUAUUUGAUAAGAAAAAAAGUGAAUAAACAAAAAAAAAUAACAAUAAUUUUUUUGUUUCACAUUAAAUAUAAAGUAUUUUUAUCUGUUAGCCUUAUCUAGUUUUUAAAUGAACUGUAAGUCAAUCCAAUUUGUAGUCAAGAACAAAUCUUGAUUAUUUCUUAAAAAUAAUUGUGUUGUUUCUAAAUUAAAUUGGCAAUUUUAUUUUGAGUUUACUGAAUUGGUUUUAAUAUGUUAUCAAGUCAUGUUUUUUAAAAAAAAUAUCUGUUCAAAGAUGAUAGAUAUUAUGUAUAUAAGAAAAGAUUUAUAAGAAAAGGAAAAGUUUUUAUAGAAUAAUCUUUUAAAAGUGAUGAAAAGCAUAGAUGAUAUAAAUUCAGAAGGGAGAUAUAAUAAAAAUAAAUAAACAAAUUACGUGAUGAAGGUGUAGGGUAUUGAAUUUAUUAGCGAUAUUUGUUUUUUACUAUAAAAUAAAUGAAACGAACAAAUUA